AUGGCUUAUGUGGCCUUGUCCAGAGCUCGCAAACUGCGCACUGUUCACUUAAUUGAUCUUGAUCCAUCGAGUUUGAUCAUGUGCGAUUCCAGCGCUUGGAAAGAAUACAACUAUUUGAGAGAGCACAUUAAUAUGGAGCCACUUCCAUUGUGUAACGUGAGGCUUAAAAUUAUUAAACUGGCUAAAAAGGCGACUAAGAAGAGUAAAGUUGCCUUUAAUAUGGACAGUGAAAUCAUCAGCUUGCCGAAAUCGAAAAAGGCUAGAAUUGAGAACACGGUUGCAAAGCCGUACAUCUCGCUAGUGCGUUUUUUUUUUGUGAACAGCACGAUACAGGUUAUCCGCCAGCUGCCUUUGUUGGCCAAAUACAUGCAGUCCAGAAAUGAUAUUGUCAUUCGUGAAAUUCACGAUAUUACAUCUUCAUCUGGAACUAAAUCGGUAGCCAACUCGAGAAAUAUUAUCGGCAGCAGGUUUAACAAUGGUACACAGCAGUGUGCGCAUGAUUUUUGGAAGCACAUUUAUCAUUUUCUGCUUGAAAAUGUUAAACAAACGUUCAUGUUUGAGAAUGCAUUGCUCAGGUGCACCAGAAAACACGAGGCCAAAUGCCCCAAAUUACAAAAUAAUGAGUGUGAUUGUGCAUCGACCAACGGCUGUGACACUUCCACGAAUACGACCGAUCUCAAGUCUGAUCUGACGCUGAAUCUUAUUAGUGUUCGGCAACAGUUUAAGAGCUUGCUCAAAAAUGAGGCUUCGAUUAUCAGGAGGUGCAGUCUGUGUGGCAUUGACACCGAGCACACCGGUAUAGUGAGCUACAUGUUCCCAAGCACUAUGCGUUACCUGGUUGUUUAUUUGAACAGAUUAAAAUAUAUAGACAAUCAGAUGGUCAGGAUUAAUUCGGAGUUGAUAAAUUAUUCUCCAAAUAAGCAGAACAUUUACGACCAGAGAUUUCGAUUAAUCAGCUCAGUGUUGCACACGUUGGCUAGUGCGGACUCCGGCCACUACACCAGCAUCGUUCGCAACCAGGACAAAUGGGACAUCAUUUGA